AUGCAACGCGAUGAGUCAUCGGUGCAUCAGAGCAGCGGCUACGUCAACUGCCAUUGUCUCCUGUCGCCAGUGCGUCAAACGGACGGACAGACGAGACUUUAUAGUUCAGACUACACGCAAAUAGGGUCCUAUCUGCCUCAUGACCCCGUAAGGAAGAAUGUACAGUUCAACCUCGGCGUCGACUCUGAUGGUGUCGAGAAAAAAGUAACAGAAAAAAAAAAACAGAUACAUAUCGAAGCAAUCCUAGCUGGAAAAAAGUGCAAUGUAAUAAGAAAAAAAAUUAAUAGGCCAUUGACCCGUCGUAGCAUCGAAGAGCGAUGGGCGAUCGCGAAAUCCGCUGAAUGCACGCGGCUGCACGCUUACGCGCGCCACCCCGCGCCAUUCGCGUUCUGGCACUCGAGCCGCGCGCACGAAAUGGCAGCGCGCUGU